AUGGCUAUUGCAGGGCUGCACGCCAAGUCGAGGAAUCUGCCUUCUUUAGACCGCGAGAUCUCCCGCUUGCGACUUCGCGCAUUGAAGAAAAGCCAUCAGAUCUCUAGGAGGACUUGGAGACCAGCUGUUCCGGAACAAAAUUCAGCGAGCGACGAAAUCACGAAUGCCGGAUUUUAUUUUCGGGUUACCAACGUCGAAUCUGAUGAUCUUUGCCUGGUUACUACGGCCGCCCUAAUGGCAGUCUUUGGAAAGCUGUCCGGCGAAGUCUACGAGGACAUUCGACCCUAUCUGGAAUUUGCGCAGGACUAUUUGCGCCGUCAAGGGAUUAGCCAGGAUAAUGGAGGACUUUUUAAAACACCACUACACCUGUUCCUCUACAACCUGGUUUCCUACAACCAACUCCUGGCACUGGUGGCUGACACAAGUGUUACCUCAAAAUCCUGUGGUGGUUACGAGGAAUUUAUUCUCAGAAAUUCAUCUCACCAGAAAAGACCGAACUUCGCGGUUUUACUCUGCCGCAUUAGCAAUAUUGUGCAACACGUCUCAUCAUUUGACAUCGACUGCUGGGAUGUUAGCCUGGACUUCCUCCCAAGUUGCAGCAUGAGAAGGAAAGCCGCAGAGCAUGCGGGAGCUGCCGACGUCUUUCUGACGCAGAAGCCUUCUUCCGUUACAACUGGUGCCGGAAGCAAUGCAAAGAGGGAUGAAAAGAUCAUCAUAGGCGAAAUCUACCGUAUCUCGAGCCGAAUCCACUUCUUCAAGCAGCUCAGAGACCGUGAUGGGCUGAUAGAUACGCCGACGACGCUCGCAUAUCCGCCAUUCAUAGCCCACAAACAGAUCAAAAAGUAUUCAAAACGUGCCAUCGACCUUUUCCGCUCGCUGUCUAAAGACUCCCAAUUCAACACGGCCAUCCUGCUACCUCUUGGGAUCAUCGCCCCCGAGCUUACUUCUGAACGAGAUCAGACGUUUGUCAUCGAAAGACUGAAUAUUCUUGAAAGGACACAGUGCUUUGGUGUUUUUCGGAUCUUCAGCCAGGAUCUUCAACAUCGAUGGUCCCGGAUCCAUGAUUCUCGGUCAAAUUCUCUACCACCCAGCUUGUUUAAAAGACCCGUGAGGUUACUAGGUUGA